GAACAAACAACCUUUUACAUUCGUGCACAAAAUAAAAACUAUUCAUGCCAUGGUAAAAAUUAAUGGUUUUGUCAUUUGGGUGAAUUUACAAGUUUGAGUCGCGCUGCUUACUUCGGAGGAAACCCAAGUGGCUGAUCCUCCAACUUCCUGUUCCAUGCCCCGUAGUUUGGCCGUGAGGGAUGAGUUCCUUGGAAGAAAACACAGCAACUCAAUGAAACUGGAUUAAAAAUUCAAGCCAACAUGAGCUGGAUUCCUUUCAAGAUCGGGCAGCCCAAGAAGCAGAUUGUCUCCAAAACUGUUGAAAGAGACUUUGAAAGAGAAUAUGACAAGCUGCAAAAGCUGGAGGAUCAGACAAAAAAGCUUCACAAGGACAUGAAGAAAAGCACGGAGGCUGAUUUAGCCAUGUCGAAAGCGGCGGUGAAGAUCUCAGCCGACCUUCUGAGUAACCCGCUGUGCGAACAGGACCAGGCCUUUUUCGAGUCCAUGACGGCUUUGGACACAGCCAUGAAGACGAUGGACUCUUUCAACCAAGAGAAGGUCAACCAGAUCCAGAAGACCGUUAUCGACCCUUUGAAGAAGUACAGCGCCGUCUUCCCCAGCCUCAACAUGGCCGUCAAACGUCGCGAGCAAACCUUGCAAGACUACAAGCGCCUGCAGUCCAAAGUGGAGAAGUACGAGGAGAAAGAGAAAACCGGGCCCGUGAUGGUCAAACUGCACCAGGCCAGAGAGGAGCUGCGACCGGUCAGGGAAGACUUUGAGACCAAGAACAAGCAGCUGCUGGACGAGAUGCCCAAGUUCUACCACAGCCGCAUCGACUACUUCCAGCCCAGCUUCGAGGCCCUCAUUCGGGCGCAGGUGGUGUAUUUCACGGAAAUGUACAAAGUCUUCAGCGAGCUGACGGAUCAGAUCGACCAGGCGGGCCUGACCGACGAGCAGCGGCAGAGGGAGAGCGAGGCCAAGCUCAACGAGCUGCGCGCUCUCUCCAUCGUGGCCGACGACUGAGACGUCGGACGCUUCGCCAAAGGGAGGCGCCGAACUAAACUGGUUAGUCCUUCUCCACUGCUUGUUUUGUCGGAGGCCACAUUAAUGAAGCCAUCAAGCCAACGCGACUUUACCGCUUUCCUCGAACGGUGGCCGUCCCGCAAUCCAUCUCCUAAAUAUAACAACGUAUCUUCAUAGAUGUCGUAUGCCCAUUUAAAUCGCCGGUUAGGUGCUUCUGUGUUGAUUCGCAACGGUAUCCGUAAAGUCAUUCAGGUGUGUAGGACGUGUCAUGUAGAAUAAAUUAUAUUUCUGACCAUUAUCUCAGCGAGUGCUAUUCUCACACAGACUGUGUGAGCGCGCGCGCCCAUUCCAAGUCUGUUACUACCCAAAACAGCAGCACCUCAGUUAUCACUCCAUGGUUGUGUUCCACUGUCGUGGAGUCAUGCUUUUUGUUUUGAACUCCAGAUUAAUUGACAUCAAUUGUAGGACAGUACGAUAAUUCUGUUCAUGAUUAUUUCUUCCAUUCUUUUAUUUUUUUGGUGCUUACAAGGUGCCUUCAUUUGACUGUUUGAUUUUAUUUAUCUAUUUAUCACGUAAAGCAGACGCAAUCACUCUUCUGGUCGAGACUUUUUUUUCACACCUGACGUUAUCUUUUCGUUCUCCGCGGCGACAUCUUUGUGGCGCACGAAGCAGCAAAAUGGCUCAAAAGUUAACGACUUGAAGAAGCGAACGGACUGUGCAGUCGGCCUCCAUCAAAAUCGAGCCAAGUGCUCCCUCUAGUGGACGAAAAAGCAUGUGGUCCACUCUGCUAAAAGAGGUCAGAGGUCACAGAUGUACACCGGGUGCUCUUACUUUCCCUUCUCGUGUCAUACGAUUUGCCUUGUCUUUGAAUUAUUUUGUUGUUUACUUUAACUUAAGCUAACUAUUGAUGAAUAGUCUUUCGAGCUAAUGAAGGCGGGAUAUUUUCAAGCAUUGCCAUGGAAAACACCCAUAUAAUGUCUAUUCUUUUAACGUGAAUUUACUUGACAUGUUAUUUUUGGUGUAAAAUCAUUACUUGAAAACGGAAAACAUGAUUGUAAUGUCAGGAUAGAUCAGGUUACUAAUAAUUUUAUUUUCUUUCACCAAAAAUACCUUACUGAAGUUACAUUUUUCUUGCAUUUACUUUUUUUUUUGUUUGUUGUCAGUGUGACAGUAAUAACCCUUUUAAGCAAUUAAUUGUUUGUUUUACACCAGUAAAUACUUUUACCACAGAGAGUUGGCUUUAUUUGUUUGUAAACAAAUGUGUUUUGUUUUGUUUUUUUGCAUACAUUAAGAAAAUAAAUGAGAACUGACUUUG